CUAUAAAUUAUCUUUUUUUUAACUAUCAAAGAAAGUUAUCGCUUAAAAGUAAACAAAGUUAUAAAAAUCGAUGGUUCGCAUAAUUCACAUUGUUGGAAUAAAUCAUUUUCUAUGACUGAUGACAUACAUUUUUCUUCGGUUAGGCUUAAAAUAAUAGAAAUUAUUUAAGGAAUGUUAUGUUAUAAUUUUAAACAUUUCGAGUACCUAAUAUAAAUAAAAAUAUACAAAGAAACCGCUUUAUUGUAUAAUAUUUCGUGAAACUAUCACAACUUAAAUGGAUUUAGUAAAAGAGGUUAAAGUGGAUAAAGGAAAAAAGCAAAAGUUCGGAAGCUCCAAAUGGAAAGUAAUAAUUAUAAUAUUAAGUAUUUCGGUCCCUAUUUCCUUAAUACUAAAGUUAGUUAAUAAUAGAAGUUGUCCAUCAAUCGCAUCGAAUUUAAACAAUACCAUUGAAGCAUUAACUACACACUGUUUUCUUGAAACUGAAAAUCAUAACACAUUAAUAUUGACUCAAAUAUUAUUUAGACAUGGUGACAGAACACCUAUGGACCACGCAGGGCCGUAUCCAAAAGAUCCUUACAAAAAUUACUCUUACGAACCAUUUGGUCCAGGAUCUUUAACUAAUGUUGGAAAGCAAACUCUUUUUGGUCUGGGAAAAUACUUAAAAUCAUAUUAUUGUAAUUUAUUAAAAGAUUAUAACAGGGACACCGUUUAUGCUCAAUCUUCACCAUUUCCUAGAUGUCGCGUUUCAUUAUUGAUAGUCUUAGCAGCAAUGUUUCCACCGCAAAAAUCACAAUUUCUUGCGAAUGACUUAAAUUGGCAACCAAUUCCUUACGAAUCUAAUGAAUUCUAUAAUGAUACCACGUAUUUAUCUAGAUUAAAUUGCAAAAGGUAUAAUUAUUUAUAUCAGGAAGAAAUAAGAAAAUCGAUCGAAAAUAACGAAGUAAAAAAUUUUAAGGAAAUACUUGAAAAAUUAUUUGUUCAUACCGGAGUUCAAUAUACUAGUUAUCGGGAAUUGUAUACUUUAUCUUCUCAUCUAAAUUUACAGAAAGAAUUUGGUCUUCAACUUCCAUCUUGGACAGAAGAAUUCUUGCCUAUACUCUCACAAUUUGAAAUUCUCACUUAUAACAUAUCAAGUAGAACAGAGGAACUUAAAACGUUAUCUGGAGGGUUCUUAUUAACAGAAAUAAUGAACGCGAUCAAAUCAAAAAUACACAAUCCAAAAAUGCAUCGUCGCAAAAUUCAUUUGUAUUCCGGCCACGAUUUUUCAAUCACAAAUUUAUUGGGAACUUUAGGUCAAUACUCAAGCAAGCAUAUUCCCUACGCAUCAUUUGUUUCUUUCGAAUUACAUCAAAUUAGUACAGAAUAUGCUGUAAAGAUUUUUUAUUAUGAACGGGGAUAUGAUCACCCGAAGCCUGUGAUUUUGAAAGGGUGCCAUCAAGAAUUAUGUCCUUUAGAUACCUUCAUAACGUAUUAUGGAAAAUAUAUGGCAGCUACUGAUAUGUGCAUAUUAGAUCAAUUCAUAAUACUUAGCAUUUUGGGCCCCAUUCCCUUAAUAUUAAAAGUAACUAAUCAAAAAAGCUGUCCAUCAAUUCCAUCGAAUUUACAUAAUACCGUUGAGACAUCAACAGAAUGCGUGCUUACUGAAAACCAAAACACUUUAAUAUUGACUCAAAUAUUAUUUAGACAUGGUGAAAGAACACCUAUGGAUCGCGCAGGACCGUAUCCAAAAGAUCCUUACAAAAAUUACACUUACGAACCUUUUGGUCCAGGAUCUUUAACUAAUGUUGGAAAGAAAACUCUUUUUGGUCUGGGAAAAUACUUAAAAUCAUAUUAUUGUAAUUUAUUAAAAGAUUAUCAUAGGGACAUCGUUUAUGCUUUAUCUUCACCAUUUCCUAGAUGUCGCGUUUCAUUAUUGAUAGUCUUAGCAGCAAUGUUUCCACCGGAAGAAUCAGAAUAUCUUGCAAAUGACUUAAAUUGGCAACCAAUACCUUAUGAAUCUAAUGAAUUUUAUAACGAUACUACAUUUUUAUCUGUUACAAAUUGCGAAAAGUUUAAUUAUUUAUUUCGGGAGGAAACCAAAAAAUCGAUUAAAAAUAACGACGUACCAAAUUUUAAGGAAAUACUUGAUAACUUAUUUGAACAUACCGGAGCUAAAUUUUCUAGCUACCGUGAGUUAUUUACAUUGCAUUUACAUCUAAAAUUACAGCAAGAAUUUGGUCUUCAACUUCCAAUCUGGGCUGAAGAACUCAUGCCUAUACUCUCACAAUUUGAAUUUCUCACUUACAACAUGUCAAGUAGAACAGACGAACUUAGAACGUUAUCUGGAGGAUUCUUAUUAACAGAAAUAAUGAAUGCGAUCAAAUUAAAAAUACACAAUCCAAAAAUGAAUCGUCGUAAAAUUCAUUUAUAUUCAGGCCACGAUUUUACAAUUGCAAAUUUACUGGUAACUUUAGGUCAGUAUUCAAACAAGCAUAUUCCUUACGCGUCAUUUCUUUCUUUUGAAUUACAUCAAAUCAAUACAGAAUAUGCUGUGAAGAUUCUUUAUUAUGAACGAUCGUAUGAUCAACCAAUACCUAUAAUUUUAAAGGGAUGCUAUCAAGAAUUAUGUCCUUUAGAUGUCUUCAUAAGGUAUUAUGGAAGAUAUAUGGCAACUACUGAUAUGUGCAUAUUAGAUGAGCAAUUUAAGAAGACAAAUUCAUCUGAAUAUUUUAUCCUUGGAAAAUAUUAA